AUGUUAGGGCCCACCAAAUGGAGACUGCUCACGAUCGUGGCCGGGAUACUGUUGGCGCACGCGAUCGAAUCACCCCACAGUCGGCCGAGUAACAAGCUGAACGCUCGCGGACCGGCCACCCGAUCGUUCGCCGGCCCGGAGCUGGGUGGGCUGAGGAUCGAGCAGCUCGGUCCGUGGCGGGGGGCCGGCACGGGCCAGAGUCGGCCGGUGCGGAACCUGCUCGUGCCACAUCAGCUGUUCUCGCAGGUCGACAACAUUCGCUACGUCGACAGCCGGUCGACCAACAGCCGGAACCUGCCCGGGACGUUCGGAGCGUUCCGGUUCGACGACCAAGGGGGGCAGCAGCGACGGCCGAAGAUGCGCCGCUCGGAUGAGACGGUCGAUGGUGGGCAGCAGGAACCGGCACCGGAGCAGGGUUACUACGACGGUUACUCGAACGCGAGCCGGCCACAGCCACGGCAGCACCGGUACAAGAUCAUUCCGAUCAGUUACUUCUACCAGGAGGAGGCCGCCCCGGGGCCGGGUGAACUGAAGCCCCUUGGGCCGAGCUACCCACCGAAGGAGACGGCUGACGAUGAACCGGCUCAUGGGUCGGCUCAGCCACCGGCACCUGGCGAAGAGGACAGCGGGUACUCUCGCUCCGAUACACCCGUCAUCGGGGCGCGUCGAUCCGGGAUCCAGUUCCCGGGACCACUGAAGGCUGCGGGUGGGUUCACGCCGCAAGGUUACAGCGAGGAAAGCCUGACGCUCGGCGACAAUCUGGGCAUCUUCCAGCAGCCCGUCAGCACGGCCGAUGAGUACGGGCCACCGGAAGCGGGUCCGGAGCUGGGGACGUUCGAAGGGGGAUCGAUCGGUCGCGGUCAGACUCGGACCGCCAGCGACCCGGAUCCGGACUUUACGCGCAGCCUGUACGCCAACCGAUAUUUCCGCGAUUUCGGCCGGCCCCCAGCGAUCGACCUGAGGCCGGCAGAGUCAUUGGCCCGGCCCUCGAGGCUCCUCCGGGAACCGGGCGGCCCGUUCCGGGACGAUCAGGUGACUAAGUUCGGGGAUGUCGGAGGACCGAUCACAGCCAUCCAGCAGCCACGGCCGGGGCCCUUCGGGCCGGACGGUGGAAACUUCCGGGCGUUCGAGCCACCCGGUGGCUACUACACCGACAGUCCGUACCAACAGCAGCAGCAACAGCAGGUGGUGGCGGGGGCCCCGAACCGGCCACCGUACUUCCCGGCCAAGCUGUACAGUGAGCCGACCCAGAAGAUUUACCAGCCACUGUGGAAAACCCGAUCGCCGCGGGUUGUCUUCCCGCAGGGUGACCUGUCCGGGCCGUCCGGGUUCGGGGUGGACAAUGUGGUGUUCAGGGACCAGAACUUUGGCCUCAACGAGCUGGCCGCCAUCCAGGACGUGAGGAACGAGUUCAACCAGGACGACAUCAACGACGAGCCGGCGGCGAGCAGCAAAGACCGUGUCGGUGACAUUCGGCGCGGGGUCCGCUCGGAGCUGCAGUGCCAGCACGAGGGCGGCACGUGCGAGUUCUUCCUGCUCUGCUGGAUGUCCGGCGGGCUGCUGCAGGGCUCGUGCGGCGGAAUGCUGAAGGGCUGCUGCCACCGGACGGCCAAGUCGGCCAACAUCGGCAUCGACGCGAGCACGGCCGUCGACCUGACGAACGUCCCCACCAUCGAGUACGGUCCGGUACAGAACGAUCCCAGUUGCGGAAUAUCGCUGGCGAAGCAGACGGCCCAGCGGCGCAUCGUUGGCGGAGAUGAUGCCGGAUUCGGAUCGUUCCCGUGGCAGGCUUACAUCCGGAUAGGAUCCUCGAGGUCUAUGCUUUCCAGAUGCGGGGGCUCGCUGAUCUCGCGGCGCCACGUGGUGACCGCCGGGCACUGCGUGGCGCGGGCGACCCCGCGGCAGGUGCACGUGACCCUCGGCGACUACGUGAUCAACUCGGCGGUCGAACCCCUGCCGGCCUACACGUUCGGCGUGCGGACGAUCAACGUGCACCCGUACUUCAAAUUCACCCCCCAAGCGGACCGGUUCGACGUGGCCGUCCUGACGCUGGAGCGAACCGUGCACUUUAUGCCCCACAUCGCCCCCAUCUGUCUGCCGGAGAAGAACGAAGAUUUCCUCGGCAAGUUCGGGUGGGCGGCCGGCUGGGGUGCCCUCAAUCCGGGUUCGCGGCUACGGCCCAAAACUCUGCAGGCUGUGGACGUGCCGGUGCUGGACAAUCGGGUUUGUGAACGGUGGCAUCGCUCGAACGGCAUCAACGUGGUGAUCUAUCCGGAGAUGCUGUGCGCCGGUUACCGGGGCGGCGGCAAGGACUCCUGCCAGGGCGAUUCCGGUGGCCCGUUGAUGCACGAAAAAACCGGCCGAUGGUAUCUGAUCGGUAUUGUGUCCGCCGGAUAUUCCUGUGCCACCCGCGGCCAACCGGGGAUCUACCAUCGGGUCGCGAACACGGUCGACUGGAUAUCGCACAUCACGCAAAUCUCCACGUAG